AUGGUAAAGGCAUUAGUGUGUACUUGUGAUUGGCUUAGGGCGGACAAAUUUUCCUUUUAUAAGGAACCCACGGAUGAUGAGGUUGAAUUCUACAAGGAAAUGGAACAUAUUACAACUUAUAGCAUUGGUGCUCAUACAUCGCAACCGGGUCCUUCAAAUCCACUCACCACCACCAACACUUGA